AGUCGCUAACGUUCCAAUGUGUCCAGCCAACCAUCUGCAACCACAGAUUCCCUGCUGAGGAACUUGUGGGAGGCAGAGAAAGAAAAAACAGUCCAGGAGUGUGAGCAGAGCUUUCUGCAGCCAGUCUGAGCCCUCAGAAGAAUUCUCUUCAGAAACCAGAGUAAAACAGAACUGUCCACGAUAAGGAAAAUCAAUCCCAAGAUGUAGCAGUGACCCAAAAGAAGAAAUGUGACUUCUCCUCCAGGACAAAGAUCUGUGGAUGAACUUUUUGAAGAUUCUUGCUUCAGCUCUCCUCAGAACCUUAGAAUAUUUUACACUGGAUGGCUGAAUAGUAGUUGGAAAACUAAGAACUUUCUGUUUUACCCCAUGACUAAAACAUUUUGCAUAAACAGCACAUAUCACGGACUGGGUAAGUGGACUUUCACAUCUACUUCCCUGAUGUCCCUUUAAAAAAAAUAAACAAGUCAGAAUGAGGAAGAGACGCUUGAAACCGGGUCAGCAACUGUGGGCUCUUCUCUGCAAGAACUGGCUCAGAAAGCUCAGGAUGAGGAGAGAGAGCCUCCUGGAAUGGCUUUUCUCAUUCCUUCUACUGUUGUUUGUAUAUCAAUUAUCUUCCAAUUUGCAUCAAGUGCAUGAUGCUUCUGAAAUGUCCAUGGUGGAUCUGGGACGUGUCGAUCACUUUAACGAUUCUAAUUAUAUCAUUGUCUUUGCUCCUGAGUCUGAAACCACCCAUGAGAUAAUGAACAAAGUGGCCUCAGCUCCAUUCAUGAAAGGAAGAACGAUUGUGGCAUGUCCUGAUGAAGAAACCAUGCAUGAACUAGAUUUCAAUUACUCAGUAGAUGCAGUGAGAGUCAUCUUCAAGGAUACUUUCUCAUAUCAUUUGAAAUUUUCUUGGGGCCAGAGAAUCCCUAAAACAAGAGAGCACAAAGACCAUUCAGCUCCUUGUGAACCAUUCAACAACAAAAUGGUUUGUGAAAGUUCAGUCUUCUGGGGAAAAGGCUUUGUAGCCUUUCAAGCUGCCAUUAAUGCAGGCAUCAUAGAGAUAACAACAAACCACUCCGUGAUGGAAAUACUGAUGUCAGUCAUUGGUUCAAAUAUGAAGAUGCCGUCUUUUAUCGCCCAAGGAGGAGUUGCAACUGACUUUUUUAUUUUCUUGUGUGUUAUUUCCUUUUCUUCACUUAUAUACUAUUUAUCAGUCAACGUCACCCAAGAAAGGCAGUACAUUACAGCGUUAAUGGCGAUGAUGGGGCUUCGAGAGUCGGCGUUCUGGCUUUCCUGGGGUCUGAUGUAUGCUGGCUUUAUCCUUGUCGUGGCUACUUUGAUGUCUCUUAUUGUGAAAUCUGCCCAAGUUGUCGUCUUAACUGGUUUCAUGGUGGUGUUCCUUCUGUUUCUCCUUUAUGGCUUGUCUUUGAUAACUUUAUCUUUCCUCAUGAGUGUGUUGUUAAAGAAACCGUUUCUUACUGGCUUGGCUGUCUUCCUCCUCACCGUCUUCUGGGGAAGUCUGGGGUUCACAGCUUUAUACAAACACCUUCCUGCCUUUAUGGAAUGGACCUUGUGUUUUCUCAGCCCCUUUGCCUUUACAACUGGAAUGGCCCAGCUUAUACAUUUGGACUACGACGUGAAUUCUAAUGUAAAUCUGCACUCUCCAGACAACUCGUACCUGAUCGUGGCCACCCUGUUCAUGCUGGUUUUGGAUUCUCUUCUCUAUUUGGCACUGGCAUUAUAUUUUGACAAAAUUACACUCAGUAAGUACGGACAUCAAAGGUCUCCAUUGUUUUUCCUGAAGUCAUCUUACUGGUUUCAACACAGAGGAGCUAAUCAUGUGGUCCUUGAGGAUGAAAUAGAUUCUGAUCCUUCACUGAGUGACUCGUUGGAGCCAGUGUCUCCAGAAUUCCAGGGGAAAGAAGCUAUCAGGAUCAAAAAUCUCAAAAAAGAAUAUUCAGGAAAGCAUGGAAAAGUAGAAGCCUUGAGAGGUCUGGGAUUUGACAUAUAUGAAGGCCAGAUCACUGCCCUCCUUGGUCAUAGUGGAGCUGGGAAAACCACCCUGAUAAAUAUACUCAGUGGACUGUCACCCCCUACUACAGGCUCUGUUACCAUUUAUAACCACACAGUUUCAGAGAUGGAGGACUCCGACGCUGUCAUCAAGCUCACUGGAGUUUGUCCACAAUCCAACGUACAGUUUGGUUUUCUCACUGUGAGAGAAAACCUCCGGCUUUUUGCCAAGAUAAAGGGAAUUCUGCCACACGAAGUGGAGCAGGAGGUACAACAAGUUUUACGGGACUUAGAAAUGGAAAAUAUUCAAGAUGUUCUUGCUCAGAAUUUAAGUGGUGGACAAAAGAGGAAACUGACUUUUGGGAUCGCCAUUUUAGGAGACCCCCAGGUUUUGCUACUGGAUGAACCAACCGCUGGGUUGGAUCCACUCUCCAGGCAUCGAAUAUGGAACCUACUGAGAGAGAGACGACUAGACAGAGUAAUUGUCUUUAGUACUCAGUUCAUGGAUGAAGCUGAUAUCCUGGCUGACAGGAAGGUGUUUCUCUCCAAUGGGAGACUGAGGUGUGCGGGCUCUUCUCUGUUCCUGAAGAAGAAAUGGGGCAUUGGCUAUCAUCUAAGUUUGCAUUUGAAUGAAGCAUGUGACCCAGAGAGUAUAACGUCCCUGGUCAAAAAGCACAUUCCUGACGCCAGGCUGACUGCACAAAGUGAAGAACGACUUGUCUACAUCUUGCCUCUGGAAAGGACAAACAAGUUUCCAGACCUUUACUGGGAUCUUGAUAGAUGUUCUAACCAAGGCAUUGAGGAUUAUGGUGUUUCCAUGACAACCCUGAAUGAGGUGUUCCUGAAGUUAGAAGGAAAGUCAAUGGCUGAUGACUCAGAUGUUGGAAUUUGCGGGCGCUUACAAAGCGAUGGGGCAAAAGACGUGGAAAGCCUUGCUGAGCUGGAGCGAGCAUUGUCUCUAGAUGCAACAAGAAGCUCAGUGAGAGGCAUGGCGCUGUGGAGGCAGCAGCUCUGCGCCAUUGCGAAGGUUCGCUUCCUCAAGCUCAAGAAUGAACGAAAAAGUCUGAUGACCGUGUUAUUGCUUUUUGGUAUUAGCUUUGUCCCCCAACUUUUGGAACAUCUAGUCUACAAGGUAUACCACCAAAGUUACUCAUGGGGGCUGUCUCCAAGUAUGUACUUCCUUUCACCAGGACAGCCGCCACAGGAUCCGCUGACCCACUUACUGGUCAUCAAUAGAACAGGGUCAAGCAUCGAUGACUUUGUACGUUCACUAAGACAGCAGGGCAUAGCAUUAGACAUGGAUGCCCUGGGGACCAGAAAUGGCACAGAAGAGGCUCUGUACAAUGGUGCUAUCACGGUGCUGGGUGACGAAAAGGAUCUCAGGUUUUCCAUAGCGUGUAAUGCCAAAAGGCUAAACUGCUUUCCAGUCCUCAUGGAUAUUAUCAGCAAUGGGCUGCUUGGAAUCUUUAACUUUUCAGAACGCAUUCAGACCGACAGAAGCACAGUCUUUGAAGAGCACAUGGUCUAUGAGUACGGAUUCAUGAGCAACGCAUUUUUCUGGAUACCAGUGGCUGCCAGCCUCACGCCUUACGUUGCCAUGGGCAGCAUCAGUGACCACAAAAAAAAAGUUCUUUCCCAGCUGUGGACUUCAGGACUUUACCCAUCUGCUUACUGGUGUGGACAGGCUGUGGUGGACAUUCCCAUAUACUUCCUGAUUCUCCUUCUCAUGCAAAUAAUGGACGGCGUGUUUAGUUCGGAGGAGAUUAUGUCUGUGGUCGAGAGCCUGUUGAUUCAAAUCCCAUGUAGUAUUGGAUACGCAUCAUCUCUCACAUUCUUGACUUACGUGAUUUCAUUCAUUUUCCGUAAUGGCAGGAAAAAUAGCGGCGUCUGGUCAUUCUUCUUCCUAAUUGUCACCAUCUUCUUUAUGGUUGCUACCGACAUAAAUGACUAUGGGUUUCUAGAACUGCUGCUCUGCACACUUGUAGUACCUCCUUUCACACUGAUUGGCUCUCUUUUAAUUUUUUCUGAGGUCUCUUAUGACUCUGUGGAUUACUUAGGAGCGUCAGAAUCUCAACUUGUAUUUCUGGCACUGCUGAUACCUUACCUUCAUUUUCUCAUUUUCUUUUUUGUUCUGCGAUGUCUGGAAAGAUACCUCAGGAAGAAGUCACUGAGAGUGGACCCAGUGUUCAGAAUUUCUCCGAGAAGCUGUCGUGCUUUUCCAAACCCAGAAGAGCCUGGAGAAGAGGAUGAAGAUGUCCAGAUGGAAAGAGCGAGAACAACGGAUGCUAUGACUACCCUGCAGAUGGACGAGAAACCAGUCAUCAUUGCCAGCUGUCUGCGGAAGGAAUAUACAGGCAGAAGGAAAGGGUGCUUUUCCAAAACGAAGAAAAAGAUUGCCACAAGGAACAUCUCCUUCUGUGUUAAAAAAGGUGAAGUCCUAGGGCUCUUAGGACACAAUGGAGCUGGCAAAAGUACAACGAUUAGCAUGAUAACAGGAGACACAGUGCCAACAGCGGGUCAGGUAUUUUUGAAAGGGAGUAUUGGGAGUGCUGCCCUUGGAUUCUUGGGGUACUGCCCUCAGGAGAAUGUGCUAUGGCCCAUCCUGACAGUGAAGGAACACCUGGAGUUGUAUGCUGCUGUGAAGGGGCUGAAGAAAAAGGAUGCUGAGGUCACCAUCACACGGUUGGUGAAUGCCCUCAAACUGCAGGACCACGGGAAAGCUCUUGUCAAGACCCUGUCAGAGGGAGUGAAGAGAAAGUUGUGUUUUGUGCUGAGCAUCCUGGGGAACCCUUCUGUGGUGCUUCUGGAUGAGCCGUCGACUGGGAUGGACCCCGAGGGGCAGCAGCAAAUGUGGCAGGCUAUCCGGGCCACCUUCACAAACACAGACAGGGGCGCCCUCCUGACCACCCAUUACAUGGCUGAGGCUGAGGCUGUGUGUGACCGCGUGGCCAUCAUGGUGUCUGGGAGGCUGAGGUGUAUUGGAUCCAUCCAACAUCUGAAGAGCAAAUUUGGCAAAGACUAUCUCCUGGAGAUGAAGGUGAAGACUCCCACGCAGGUAGAGCCGCUGAACAUGGAGAUCAUGAGGCUCUUUCCCCAGGCUGCUCGGCAGGAAAGGUAUCCCUCUCUGAUGGUCUAUAAGUUGCCUGUUGAGGAUGUGCGUCCUUUAUCUGAGGCUUUCUUCAAGUUGGAGAGAUUGAAAGAGAACUUUGACUUGGAAGAAUACAGCCUCUCACAGUCCACUCUGGAGCAGGUCUUCCUGGAGCUCUCCAAGGAGCAGGAGCUGGAUGAUUUUGAUGAGGAAGCCAAUUCCUCAGUGAAGUGGAAACUCCUCCCACAGGAAGAGCUUUAAAGUUCGAAAUACUCUCUGUAUCUUCAAGCUCAUGCCCCUCUUACGGAUAGCAUCAAUGUGCCUUACUCAUCUCAAAUGUAGCACUAAGUAGUUUCGAAACUCACGUCAGAUUUUUUUUUCUGAUGGCCAAUGUGCGAACAGGUUUGAACACACAGCCAGAUUACGCUCAAUCAAGUCACGCUGCACACAGGGUGGAGUUCUAAACUGCAUUUACAAUUAAUUGUGUUGAUGCUUCUGAGCAUGAUAAAGAGACUGAUUUUCUUCGCCUGAACUUCAAAACCUUAACUAUUUUCUCUCCUCCGUGUUUAGGUAUAAUGUAAACAAUUUUGAUUUUAGGGAGAAGAGGAUCAAUCGCUUUCCCAGCAGCACAGUAUUUGGUUUUUUGUACCUCACCGACCUGUUCAUCAUUCACUGCUUUUUCUCAUGACUCACAGUUUGCAGACUCUGAGUUACGGAGACAUGUUUUGUCCAUUGUGACUGCAAAAGCAACUUUAAGCUGGUGGACGUAAAUACUUGCAACCAUUAAAUGACUGCGUGCCUAUUUGCGUAUGAAUCUGAAACAUUUCUGAAAUUUUGAGUUGUGAAAAACUGAUGGAGAGGGGAUACUUCUAGGUGCAAGGACUGGCUUUGUACGUCUUUAUUUACCAAGUCUGUGAACGCUACAACCUAUCUAUUGCAACAUCAGUACGGUUACCUGGACUCUUAUCUAUGAGACAUUUUUGUUGUUACUACUAUUAUUGCUACUAAUUAACCAAACAUUUACAUGAAACUAUAAAUUUAUAUGAAAACAUUAUAUGAAAAAAUUCCCUUGAUACUAAGGUUAUAACUUCAUAGUGUAUGUGAAUAUCAACUGUCUUCCACUUUGGAGAAUUCUCAAGUAGACAUUAAGCAAAUGCUCCAAGCCUUUAACUUUAAAAAGAGACAUUGAUGCUGACCCUGUUGAAGUACCUGGCUUUUUGAAUAACAAAUUAAUUGAUACAAGUCAACGCAUUAUAGGUACUUUAUUUAGGUCCAGAAAACUGCCUCAGCAGGUAAAGGUACCUAUUGUCAAGUCUGAUGCCCUGAGUUUGAUUCUUGGGUGGGACCCAAAUUAUGGAAGAAAAGAAUCAUCCCUCAAGUUGUUUUCUGACCUCCACAUUCAUGUGGUGUUGUCAGACAUGUGUCUACAUACUUGUACUCAGAACAAACAAACAAAAUUGAAUAAAAAUAUAAUGGGCUUCCCUGUGGUGUUUUCCUAUACAGUCUGUUUUUGUUGCUCCUUCUCUGUUGCUCCCCCACCUCUUCCCCCACCACCACCACCACUCUGGCUGAUCAUCUUUUACUCACCAGCCCUCUUCUGUUUUUAUGUAGCAUGUUUUCCAAAGCCUUCCUUUAUGUUCCCCUCCCUAAUAAUUCUUGUUAGUCUUUCUCAGCGUGGUACAGACUAGAGUUACUCAGAACAAGGAAACCUCAGUUGAGGAGCUGUUGGCAUGUCCGUGUGGCAUCUUUACCUUUUAUUUUUAUCUUAUGGGUAUUUAGAUGGUAUGUAAACUGCACAUCACACAUAUACAAUGCCCACGGAGACCAGAAGGGGGCAUUAAAUAAAUACUCAGAGACUGGAAUUAUAUACAGCGCUGAGCCUCCAUAUGCUAGGAACUGAACCCAGUUCCUCUGGAAGAGCAGCCAGUGUGCUCUUAGGACUGAGUUUUCUCUCUGGCCCCAGGCAUUUUCUCAAUGAAGGGUAUCCAGCCCACUCUCAGUGCUACCAUCUUUAGGCAAGUGAGUCUGGGAUGUCUAAGGAAGGUAGUUGAAAAAAUCCAGGGCAAGCAAGCCAUCAAGAGUCAUCUCUCCAUGAUCUCUGCUUCAGUACCUGCCUUAAGUUCUUGCCUGCUUUGGAAUUCAACUGAAACCUGUAAGUUAAAAUAAAUACCUAGUCUCCUAAAGUGACUUUUGCUCAACGUGUUUGUUAUACUAAUAAAAACAGCUACGACACCAA